CGCCGAUACAUGCUAAUGCGUGCAUCCGUCUGAGUGCAUCUUCAGCAUGCUACUGGCUACGAGACCCGCAACCGCUCGUGGACUAGCCGGCAAGCGCCAGAUUCGAAGGCACGCCCAAGUGAGUAUCGGUGCAUACAGACAUGAUGGAAGCCCAACUACAGGCCCUCAAGGUCGCCGACCUGAAGAGCCUGCUGCAGGCGUCCAGCCUGCCCGUUUCAGGCAACAAGCCAGAUCUGGUCAAGCGUCUGCUCGAGAACCCGCAGGCGACGGCCAGUCUGAAUAGUACUGCGCAAAACAGCGGUGCGAACGGCAGCAAAGCGGAUGAAGAGGACUUGCUUGCUUUCGAUGGAGAUGCAUCCAAGCCGGACGCAGAUGCUGCUGCUCCAGCCCCCGCAGCAGGUCUUCCAGCGAAUGCUUCAGCUUCCGUGAAGGCAGAGUCUGCACCUACACCAAACGCAGAAGCAGCGGAUAUACCCAAAGCAUCUACAACUGCAACUGCUGCGGCGUGUGUCGCUCCCGCUCCCACCGAAGCAGAGCUGAAAGCGGCGCAGAUAGUCGAGCUCCAAAAGCGCCUGAAGCGUCUGCAGAAGUUCGGCGGCUCGACAGCAGAGGCCGAAGAGAUGCAGCGACAGAUCGAGCGGACGGAAAAGUACGGCGUCUCGCUCGACGCACACAAGGCGAUGGGCAUUGCACAGCUGAACUCCGAGUUGGGUGAGGGUAGAGGUCCGAGAGAGGGCCGCAAGAAGGAAGGGGUUGACAAUCAAGCGAGCGCCAAGCCUGAUCCGCCAAAGCCUGAGAUGGAGGAAUCCAAGGCAGCACGCAUCGCACGUGAGCAAGCGGAUGCAGCAGCCAAGCAGCGGCGCCUUGAGCGAUUCGGGCCCGUUAUUGGCGGCAACGAUACUGCCGCAAGCGGCGAGAAACGCAACUUGACCGACUCUGGCCCGGAAAGGGCCGACUCCAAGAAGGCAAAAAGGGUGUAAUUUGCUUUCCAGCCGCAUACUUGAACGGUCGCCCCCAAAGGAAAAGUCAAGCACUGGGAGUGUAUUAUACAAAGGAGGCCGAUGAAAGCCAGUAUCAGGUGCUGCGUGGUUAACCGAGGAGCGACUGCCAAUAGAUGCUGCAGACCGGCUCCUCUGCCACCCACGCUCUCAUGCGUUUCGUGCAAUGCAGAAUGCAUGAAAGAUAAAAGGGACCAAAGUUGACUGUGGCAUUGCUUGACGAUCUACGCCUGUUACAGCACACCUCGCGAUGUUUGAUAAAAUGUAGGAAGAGAUAUACUGGGGCAAUAGCAGAUGCGAAUGUACACGCAUAAACCAGUGGACGUGCGACGACAUGUGGCGGGAGCAGGGGGGAAGAAGGUAAAUGAUAAAGCGCCAUCAUGGAAUGCGCUCCAAUGUG